CUCUAUCCUCGUUUUCUGAAUAACUCACGCUCCUCUCAUCCACUUCUAGAUCCAAAACCCAAACUUGGGUCUCUCCUCCACUACCACUCACCCUCUUUGGCUCUGUAGUUGAUCUUUCUGCAUAGAAGCCUGGCUUUUGGAGAAGGGAGCAUUGCAUUUGAGCUCAGCUCAUGGGAAGAAGUGUUAGCCCAUUGCUCCGGCAGGAGCUUGCCAACCUUGACAAGGACGCAGAUUGCCGCCGUUCCGCCAUGAAAGCUCUUAAAACCUACGCGAAAGAUUUGGACUCCAAAGCUAUCCCACACUUCCUUGCGGAAGUCUCGGACGCCAAUGGUGCAACGUCUGUUGAUUGCACAAUCUCCCUCUAUGAAGUCCUUGCUAGAGUCCAUGGCAGAAACAUCGUUCCUCAGAUAGAUAACAUCAUGUCCACCAUCAUGCACACCCUAUCCUCAAGCGGAGGAUCUUUUGCCCUCCAGCAGGCCUGCUCCAAGGUCAUCCCUGCAAUCGCCCGCUACGGAAUUGAUCCUUCAAUGCAGGACAAUGAGAAGACGAGGAUAAUCUCCUCGCUCUGCAAGCCUCUUUCUGAUGCUUUGAUGGGCACGCAAGAGAGUCCUGCAUCUGGGGCUGCACUCUGCUUGAAAGCCCUCGUCGAAUCAGGAAAUUGGAGGUUUGCAACAGAUGAGAUGGUGAAUGAUGUCUGCUUGAAGGCCGCAGGGGCUUUGGAAGAAAAGGCAACCCAAACCAAUGCUCAUAUGGGGUUGGCCAUGGCCUUGGCAAAGCACAAUGGCUUGAUCGCUGAGGCUUUUGCUAGAUCACUCGUCCGAUCUGGCUUACAGAUAUUGGCGACUGGUGCUUCUGAAAGCAACUCCCAGAAGCGACUCUCUGCGAUUCAAAUGAUCAAUUUCUUGAUGAAAUGUAUUGAUCCAAGAAGCAUUUCCUCGGAGGUAUUCCAGGUAAUUGAUGUCAUGGAGAAAUGCCAAGCUGAUGAUAAGAUGCCCUUCGUGAGAGGAGCAGCGUUUGAGGCGCUGCAGACCGCGAAGGCACUGGGUUCACAGAAGGGAUCCAGGCAUGGCAUAAAUACAAGUCCCCUAGGAGGUUCCAACUUCCAUAGGAGAAAUUCCAGGAGCCCAUUGAGAUCUAGAAAUUGCUCCCCUGUUCGAUUGUGCUCUCCGGAGUCUCAGACCAUUGAAUCUUCUAUCAACAAGGAUGCAUUCGCUGAUUCACCUGCUUCAGUCGUUCAAUCUCCUUGUGAAAUUGUGCAUAACGGAAAACGUGCUAAUCGGAGACUGUGGAGCCAUGGUGGCUGUGCUGUUGGUGUUUCAUUGAAGGAUGGCUUGUUCUUUAAACCUUGCGCACAUACUGAGAGCAAAGUCACAGAUUUUGAUCAGAUCAUUAAAGGUAAGCCAAGUGAUCAAAGUGAUGAAGUUUCAGGAGAUUUCUCGGGAUUUAUGCAAGCUAGUGAGUCCAACUUAGCUCGAGAUACCAUUCCAAAUCCCCAGAGAUCCAGGCAGCAGCUCACAAUGGAUGAGAUUAAAAUGUUCUCAACACCAAGAAAGCUGAUUAGAUCUCUUCAGGAUUCUACCGAUAGCAAAUCUGAGUGUACCAAUGGUCUAAACAAUCGUGUGCUUGUUAAGCAGUCAAAUGAAGUCAAAUGGAAACAAAUAGGAAACGUUAGCAGAGAUGUUCAAUCUCAGAAUGUUAACUCUAAGGGUGCGUUUGGUUCAAGUUAUCAAGUAUAACCUUGGUUAUGUGAUUACCAAGUAAUCACAUAACCAAGGUUGUA